AAAACACACACACACACACACUGAAACCGAACCAGACUGUGUAGAAUCAUCGUACAACAGCAUUGGUUGUUAUACAAAACCCUGAUGAGAAAACGCCAUUUUAUGGUAAUAAUAAUACACUACUGAGGAAAGAAUGAAGAGGUUCAACAAAGCCGCGUCUACUCCCGACGGCGGCCAGCCGCCGGCGCCGGAUCACGGAAGCGACGGCGUAUGCCGGAGCACGGCGGAGUGCAAAUGCGGGUUGAAUAUAAUGAAAUUGACGGGUGCAAUCGUGGUGUUCGUGAUGGGUUUGUCUGUCUUGUUCUCAGUUUCUGUGGUGCUGAGGGACCCACCCUCCGAUGUACUUUGGCCUGUUGUUGAUGCCUCCAGAAUUCUUGAUUCUAAGCUUCAUAAAGACAUACUAGAAGAAGACGAACUCGCUCAACCGGUUGAAGUACCAAACGACAAACUUCUAGGCGACCUUCUCCCAAUCGGAUUCGACGAAAAAUCUUGCCUUAGCAGAUACCAAUCCCUCUUGUACCGCCGAGGCCUCUCUCGUAAACCUUCGUCUCACCUAAUCUCCAAAUUACGAAGCUACGAAGCCCUCCACAAAAGAUGUGGGCCCCACACAGAUCCCUACAACAAAGCACUCGAAAACCUUAAAAAAUCCGCCACCGCAAACUCAACCACCGACUGUAAAUACCUCGUCUGGAUAUCGUUCAGCGGCUUAGGCAACCGAAUUCUAACGCUCGCGUCGGCUUUCCUCUACGCCCUUCUCACAGACAGAGUCCUCCUCGUCGAUAGCGGAAAAGACAUUCCCGAUCUCUUCUGCGAACCCUUUCCGGAAUCUUCUUGGCUACUCCCCUCCGAUUUCCCGUUGACCGAAAAAUUCAACGGGUUCAAUCAGAAAUCGAACGAGAGCUACGGUAAUUUGCUGAAGAGAAACUCGUCAUCAGGCGACUUAUCAUACACUUAUCUCCAUCUCGUUCACGACUACGACGACAAAGAUAAGCUUUUUUUCUGCAAUCAAGAUCAAGAACAUCUGCAGAAGAAUCAAUGGUUGAUAAUGAAGACGGACAAUUAUUUCAUCCCGUCGCUAUUUUUAAUCCCGUCUUUCGAGAAAGAGCUCCACAGCCUCUUCCCCGAUAAAGAGGCCGUUUUCCAUUUCUUGGGGAGAUAUUUAUUCCACCCGACGAAUUCGGUUUGGGGGCUUAUUAGCAGAUACUAUCAAUCCUAUCUAUCCAACGCCGACGUAAGAAUCGGAAUCCAGAUACGGGUUUUCGACGCAAAAAGCGGGCCAUUCAAACACGUGCUGGACCAAAUCCUGUCUUGUACAAUGAAGGAAGACAUAUUACCGCAAAUCACCAAGAAUCAAGAACCCGAAUUCGACCGAUCGGUGAAGCCGAAAACCGUUGCUGUAUUAAUGACUUCUCUGAGCGGAGGUUACUUCGAGGAAGUGAGGAACAUGUACUGGGAGAAUCCGACGAAAAACGGAGAUUUGAUCGGAGUUUACCAGCCGAGUUACGAGGGGUAUCAGCAGAACGAGAAGAGGAAUCACAAUAGGAAGGCGUGGGCGGAGAUGUAUCUGCUUAGCUUGACGGAUAAAUUAGUGACGAGUUCUUGGUCGACUUUCGGGUAUGUGGCGCAGGGGCUAGGUGGAUUGAGGCCGUGGAUAUUGUACAAGCCAGAGAAUCUGACGGCUCCGGAUCCGCCAUGUGGCAGAGCGGUGUCGAUGGAGCCGUGUUUCCAUGCACCUCCGUUUUACGACUGUAAGUUGAGGAGAGGAGUGGAUACUGGUGCUAUUGUUCCUCAUGUUAAGCAUUGUGAGGAUAUGAGCUGGGGUCUUAAGCUGGUUUAAUCCCUAUAUUCAUUUUUAAACUAAUAGUGUUUUUUUUUUCAAUUUUUUUUUUCUUUUUUAAGAUAGAUAUAUAUCUUUCUUUGCCCUCCUUUUA